GCCGGCGACGUCGACAAAGUUCAUCGCUCAGUGCGCGAUCGGCUGCGAUCGCAGACGCAUUGUCGCGUCAUCUAUUUGGAUCGUACUCGCGAGCGCCGCGAAUUAAACCAAUACGAACAAAGGUGGUUGUUAGUUUAAAUUAGAAAUUAAAAGGGCGACAUGGCCGGAUAUAGACUGAGACUAUGGUGGAUCGCGGCGGUGUUACUCGUGUGCACACCAUACACACAUUGUCGGAAUGUUACACACGAAGACAUCCGAGACGCUAUGAUGUCAUUAGUACAUAUGUUCCGGGUAUCAGAAGACAAACUGGAGCGACAUGAGUACAGGGAAAAGGCGUUAGGCGAACAGCUCAAGCGGACCCUCGCAGGUCUUGAUAAGAAACACAGAGCACUGGAACCAUUAAAGGGCAUGAUCUCGAGACUGGAUGAGCGGUUGUCUAACGUGGAAACCAUUUUAUUGCAGAAAGAAGAAAGAGAGAAAGCAACGCAAAAGAAAACAAACGAAGCAUUAGAUGCAAUUCAGAAGGCUCUCCAAACGCUGGCCGGCACAGUGAACAAGAAAGCGAAGCCACCUGCAGAAGACAAUUUGACCACAACAGGUGAUAACUUGGAAAGGCGGCUCGAUGCAACCGACGCCAAGAUUGACAAUCUCAAGGUGGAAAUAGAAAAAUUGAAGAAUGCAUUGAGUAAGGAGGCCCUUCACGCCAUGUGUCUAGAAGUGGCAUCAGACAUUAACCCGCUAGAAAAGCAUAUAUCCGACGCAGAGAAACUUCUUACCAAAUACGAAUUGAAACUAAAUGAGUACAAUGUCACAAAGGUCCAAACUGAUUUUGUACCGCUGAAUGAAGUCUCCAUGGCCGAUGAAGCAUGGCACAGCAAGAUGACAGAAGUAAUGGAGCGCCAAGAAAAAGACAUUAAAAAGAUUCAAAAGUUACUUUCGGACGCUGAAAGCAUGUGGAAGGAUCUCCCGCGACUUGCACAUUUUCAAAUCGCAACAAACCGAACUUUGGAAGCAAUUGAACUUGCCAAGAGCGACUCCAGAGAGAAUGAUGAAAAGUCUGUAAGCAAGAUAACAACAAAACUUCGGGAGAUGACAGAUCGACUAGCCGCAACUAAUGAAGACAUCCAAAACAGCCUUACUCAAGGAAAUACUAUGACUGAACGCGCCUACAAUGAUAUAUCUCGCAGCUACGAUACACUACGAACAGAGGUACAAACGUUGUCUAAAAGCGAGCAUGUAAUACUACAAACUGCUGACAAUGUAAUCGCCACUAAAAAGCGAGUGGAAUACGGAGUACACCAGAUACUAGCGGAGGUUGGCGAACUAGUGAAAGCCCACGCGAAACAUUUGAAUAAAACUUUAUAUGAAAGAUUUGAAAACGUAGAGACAAUGAUAUUAGAGAACCAGUUAACCACACGGUCCAACCUGAGCGACAAGAUCGAGGCGGAGAUGGCGCCUGUGUGGCGGCAAAUUGGCAUCAUGUACAAACAGUUAACAGCCAACAAGGAGUCACUGGAUAAGCUCACAGAACAAACGGAACUGUAUGUCAAUGGCAGUGCGAGCACAAUGGAAAACAUCGACAGUAAAGUGGGAACAAUAAAAUCUCGUAUGUCUGAAGUAGAUGACAACUUGAACUAUUUACUGGGAAGACUGUCGCUUGUGACUCAGGAAUUCAACCAAAUUAAGACUGGACUUGGAGAAGCUCUAGAAAAAGCCAAAUCCGGUCUAAAUACGGUACAAGCUAAACUUGAAGAUGCGGGACCGGGGCCCCAUAACAUUACAAGCGCUGAAGUAAAACCAUAAAGUAAAUAAUUUAAAUAAGCACCAAAACUAACAUAAUUAUUUAAUAUACCAAUUAGGUUUUAAUUGUAAGUAGACUGAAGUAUAGGAUGUAUUUCACGAUAAAUAAAACUCACACAUCAUUAACUUUUGCAAAUAUUUAAUCUCUUUCAUAAUUGUGGAUCUAUAUAUUUAUAUUGUACAAGUUAUAUGAUACAAUUAAAUUUCAUUGUGACAGAUAUCCCAAUGUCACAAGUGAGCGCAUAAAACCAACAAUAUACAACUGACGAGAUACCUCUAAGAAAACUUGUGAAUUAAUGUAAUGAACUGUACAAUCAUAAUAAUAUAUUAUUGACAAUAAUAUAAUAACCAUUGUUCUUAAACAAUAUACACACAAAUUAUUUGUCUCCCUU